AACCGGAGAUGGACUACAGCUCUGCAGAAGAUUCAGAUAUUGGUGAUUCUGAGAUAUUGGACCACGUAGACAAGUCUUAUGAUGAGCUGAAAUUCGCGAAGUACAAAGUAAAGGGCCCAAAUGGAAGCUUAAGAUGCCCUUUCUGUACGGGCAAGAAAGAGCAGGACUACAGGUAUGAAGAACUAUAUCAACAUGCGGCAGGGGUGGGUAAAGGUUCUGCGAGUAGAAGUGGCAAACAAAAGGCAAACCACCUUGCCUUGGCGAAGUACCUGGAGACAGACCUAGCCAGCGAGGCUGACCAAGCUCCUCAACCGGUUGUGCCGCAACCCGCUGCACAAACGCCUCAGCAAGAUGAGGUUUUUGUGUGGCCUUGGACUGGAGUCAUAGCUAACAUUCUCGAUGACAAAAACAGCGGGAAAGAACCCGUAGAUAGUGCAUAUUGGCUGACCAAGUUUGCCAAGUACAAACCUCUGGAAGUCCACAUGUUUUGGAACGAAGACGGUCGGUCGGCAAAAGCUGUAGUGAGGUUCAACGAUGAUUGGCAUGGGUUUAUUAAUGCAACAGAGUUUGAGAAAGAAUUUGAAGCUGAUAAUCACGGAAAAAAGGGCUGGAACACGCAGACAGAGCCCGGAUCAAUUACAUAUGGCUGGUGUGCGCGUUCAGAUGACUAUGAUGCGGAUGGGCCAGUGGGAGAUUACGUUCGCAAGACAGGGAAGUUGCGGACAAUCUCUGACAUUGUUCAGGAAGCAGCUCAAAGUAGACACGGAAUUGUGGCGCAUCUAGCUAACGAGAUUGAUUUGACGAAUGAAACUUUGGAGGAAUUACAGUCCCAGUAUAAUGAGAAGACUUUGUCACUGAGUAGGAUGCUUGAUGAAAAAGACAAGCUUCACUCUGCUUUUGUGGAAGAAACAAAGAGGAUGCAACGCCUUCAACAUGACAAAAUACAAAGGAUAUUGUUAGAACGAGAGAAACUCAGCAAUGGCUUGGAAAAGAAGAAAAGAAAGAUUGAUUGUUGGAGCAAAGAAUUGAACAAACGUGAAGCCCUAACCAAGCGUGAGAGACAAAAGCUGGAUGAGGACAAGAAAAAGAAUGAUCUCGAAAACAUUUCUAUCCAAUUAGCAUCAAUGGAGCAGAAAAGAGCUGAUGAAAAUGUCCUCAGGCUGGUGGAAGAACAAGAGAGGGAGAAAGAGGAGGCCCUGAGCAAGAUCCUUGAGUUGGAACAGCAGCUUGAUGGGAAGCAAAAAUUGGAAAUGGAGAUUGGAAAGUUUAAAGGAAAAGUAGAAGUGAUGAAGCUGUUCAAAAGAAGAUGAAGGAGAUUAAUGAUGAACUGAAAGAGAAGGAGGACGAGUUGACCAACUUGGAGGAUCCGAAUUCUGCCCUCAUUAGUGAAGAGCGCCAUAGCAAUGAUGAACUGCAAGAAGUUCGUAAGGAAUUGAUCUAGGGAUGAAUUUGUCUGAAGGAGGUCUGCCAGAGCUGAUGUUUUAGGCUAUUCUUAUAGCGCUGCUGUCGCUGAUAUUGAUACUCUUGCUAUUAUUAUCAUCACUAGACAAUAGACUGCUUUGCUAUUAUUAUCAUCACUAGACAAUAGACUGCUUUGAGCUUAAAUUAGCUAAUCAAACAUUAGGAUGUUCAUCUGUGUAUCGGAGCAGGGUUCCUCUUAAACCCUGGAAU